CAAUUGUUCAAUUGCAGGAUAAAUAAGAUUGGGACUGUAAUUAAGUGCUUGUAAAAUGGCAAAAGCUUCAUCCGAUUUUGAUUUUGCAGAAGGGAUUUACUUGUCAGAAGUCCUUGAUGGAAACGAAGGCAGAGAUUCACAACAAUUGGAUGCCAAGUUUGCUGAACAAUUGCAGUUGCAAGAUGCAAUAUAUUUGUCAGUCAACGAAAUGUCAUCCUCAACCUCAAGGCUGAUGACUACCAGAGCAAGCUCAUCGAUGCAUGUGCACAAGCCAAGGAAGUAUGCGAAAAAAGCUGAUGAAUCUUCUCUAAAGAACUGUGAAAUAUGUUUUGAUAGAAAAGAAAGGCAUCAAAUGUUCACAAUCUCCGGUUGCUCUCACUCAUUUUGUUCUGAUUGCGUUCGCACGUAUGUAAAGACAAGGCUCGAGCAAAAUAUAACUGUAAUCAUGUGCCCAGGGGAGAAUUGCAAACUCAGUUUGGAGCUUGAAGCAUGUAGGCCUCUGCUUCCUAAGGAGGUAAUCAAUCUUUGGGAGGAUUUACUAUGUGAAGAACUACUUUGUGCAACAGGUGGAAGAAUUUACUGUCCUUUGAAGGGUUGUUCAGCCAUUUUGCUGAAUGAUAACCAAGUCAUAGCAGAAACUGAGUGCCCCUACUGCCAUAGAUUGUUCUGUGCGCAAUGUCGUGUUUCAUGGCAUGCUGGGUUCAGCUGUGAGGAGUAUCAGAAGCUGAAUGAAGAUGAGAGAGGCAGAGAAGACCUCAUGUUGAGGAACCUUGCCAAAGAGAAUAAAUGGCGUACGUGUCCCAGUUGCCUACAUAUGAUAGAAAAAACCGAAGGUUGUCUACAUAUGACUUGCAGGUGUAAGUUUGAAUUUUGUUAUGCCUGUGGAUCAGAAUGGACUCACGAUCAUGGUGGCUGUCAGGCCAACUAAGAGAACAAAUAAAGCAUGAGAAGGAUAACGUAAGAAUGUGAGUUGUUUUCAACCAUUGAAAGUGGCUCUUAGCAUCCAGAUAGAAACGAAAAUUCCUUGUCCCGAAGUUUGGUUUUGCUCUAGUGUUCUAUAGCAGGAAGCAUACAAUGUAAUGAAGUGAUUUGUAGAAAACUUAUCUCACUUUCUGAAUGUCAUUUGUUUCCUGCUAUCUGAAAGUAAUUUUAAAGAGAUAUCUUUCAACUUGAGCACUAAGUUACGAGAUUACUUUCGACAAGGUGAAAUUCAUACUAUGAAAAUU